AUGAACACCACAGAAGCGCAAACCUUAACACUGACGCCAUUAAACUCCAACCUGCUUCUAAGUCCAGUGGCCAUCGACGUCCUGUUGACCCUUUUUCUCCUGGUCUUCAGUGAGUUCAUCGGUCUGUUCGGCAUUCUGGCCAACGUGGUCAACAUCUGCGUCUUUUACAAACAGGGCUACGAGGAUUGUGUCAACAUCACCUUGACCGCUCUAGCGGUCAGUGACCUGGGUGUUCUAGUUACCGGACAGGUGUUCAACCUCUUGGCCAACUCGUGGUUUUUGAAAGCGGACAUGCCGAUAGUUCAGAUAGAAGUCGUGUACAUGAUUAUCUUCUACCCACGGAACUACUUCACGAGAGUUUGUGGUUUCAUCACGGCUUUUGCGUCGUUUGAAAGAUGUCUGUGCGUCAUGGUCCCGCUUCAUGUUAAAAGAAUCGUCACCAAAAAAGUUGCGGUCACGGUGAUUUUGAUCUUUUAUCUGGUCACGCUUCUUGAUUUAGUGCCCUUGUACUACGUCGCUUAUCUAGACUGGAGUUUCCGGCCUGAAUUCAACACGUCUAAAUUUGGACUCGUCUACCGGGAAAAUCCGUACAACGUGUUCAGCGUAUCGUAUUUUGUUUCAGAUCUUUUCGCUCCGUAUUUUACAUUCUCCAUCGUCAUAUCCUGUACCUGCAUCAUCGCGGUCAAGCUCAAAACGAGGGCGUUGUGGAGGUCAAGCAUGUCAACGUCAGAGAGGUUCUCAAACAAGGAAACCAAGGUCGUGGCCAUGUUGAUGGUCGUGUCGGUUAUUUUCAUCGUCUGCCUCAUUCCUCAGUCGGCCAUUCUGACGACCGUGAGUUUUUUCCCGGAACUGAGUAUCAAGGGCGUGUAUGUUUACUUCACGUUGUUGUGCUUGAGUUUAGCGAACGUCAUGGAGACGGUUAAUUCCAGUGUUAGUAUCAUUGUUUACUACAAGAUGAGCAGUAACUAUAGAGAGAAGCUAAACUGUUUGUUCAGAUUUAUAGACAAAGUUUAA